AUGCCAGUCGUGAAUGUCUUGGGGGAUGAGUUGCGCUGGGCGGAUGACGUGGCUUGCGAGAAGGAAGGUGGAGCAUGGGCGCCGAAGGUGACUGACGCGUCCGCAGAUGUUGAUGUGAUUUGCUUUCUGAACGAAGAAUGCGUGAGGAAAGGGGCGUAUCAAGUUCCACAUUAUAUCGUGGAUGGUUACUACCACGACGACGGACCACCGGCUUUGGAUCAAAUCGUUGGUGCUAGUCGCUUCAUCCACGCAAAGUUGCAGGCCAACAAAAAAGUCUUGGUCGUUUGUCCUGCUGGGAGGGACUUUGACGCGCACAGGGCAUUUUCGGCUCUCUGUACUGCGGCGUACCCUUUGCUCAUGAGGGGUGCAGCAGUUGAAGCCGUUGCCUCUGCAUGGGUCGGACACGAGAUUGGAUUCCGGCAACACUCGUGGGCCCCACUCCACAAAACAGCACCUCCCAGACAUCUAUCCUUGGAGAAAUCCUUGGCAGCGUUAGACUUGGCAAUCAGGCACAAGUGGUUGGAGCCUGAGCUGUUUGACCCGCAAGCAUAUCGGGAUUUGUGCACAUGCUGGGAUGCAGCAUGGGUUAUCCCUGGCCAGAUUCUUCUCCUCGCGGACCCAGUGACUACGACGCUUGACCCAGAUCCAGCCACUGCGAGCCAUCUCAUUCCUCCAGAAUCACCAAACUUCUUGACAUGGUUUGAAUCCAACAAUGUCACGACGCUGGUGCGGCUGAACAAGGACAAAGAAUCAGGUCUAGCAAAGAGCUAUGAACCGAGCCUCUUCGAGGAAGGCGGCAUGACCCACAUCCAGGCAGCUUAUGAUGACACCCAGGGUGGUGUGCCUCCAAAGGAUGUUUUGAAGAAGGUCGUCAAUGGCUGCGCUGGCAAACGGGAGCAUGCCGCGACAGCCUUUCACUGUAAGGCAGGCUUUGGACGCUCCGGUGUUUGCGCCGCCGUCCUGGCCAUCCAGAGGUUUGAUAUUUCUGGUGAGAUUCUGCUGCCAUGGCUGCGAAUGUGCCGACCUGGGACUAUCACGACACCGCAGCAGGCUAGAUUCCUGCAGGGGUUGCAAGGCGAAGCAGACGUGAGCAAACUCAUUGCGCAAUCGGAUGAGUGCUGCACAAUCAUUUAA